CGGCGGAUUCAAGGCUUCCGUCGGUGGAAGCCGCCUCCCUUUCUUUCCUCUCGGUGCCCCUUCUGGGGACACUGCCUUGGGGCGGACAUUGUGCGGUCCGGAACCAAGGGCCGGAAGCGCAGGCCGAGGCAGGGACCGUUUGGGGGCCGCACUCGGGAGCGCCGGAAGUGGAUUCGGAGAACCCGGAUCGCCGCCGAGAGGACUCGGGAUGGAGACGGAAGCGGUUCAGGGUUCCCGAGCAGCAGCAGCAGCAGCAGCAGCAGCAGCCUCUGCGGCCCCCGAGCUCGGCCUGGGAGGGGGCGCCCUGCACUGGGGGGAGCCGAGCGGGGCGCAGCCCCCUCAGGCCCCCCAGAAGCAGGGCCCUGCCCAGGCCGAGGAGGAGGACGAGGAGGAGGUCCAGGAGGACCCCGGCGUCCGGGCCAUGCUGCGCGCCGUGGCCGGCAGCCGCAUCCCCGUGCGCAGCCAGCAGAAGGACGAGCCCGACUUCACCGAGAGGGAGAAGGUGGCCAUCCUGCGCCGCCUCUACCGCGACAAGCCCCUGGUCUUCCUGGAGCGCUUCCGCAGCAGCCUCCGCGAGGAGCACCUGGCCUGCUUCCAGCACCUGCGCGGGGACUACCGGGCCGACUUCUACUGCGCCGAGGUGCUGCGGGGGGCCGCCGCCCGGGGCAGGGCCUCCCGCACCCGCCUGCGUAACCGGCGCUACGCAGCCCUGCAGGAGCUCAUCCGCGGUGGGGAGUACUUCAGCGAUGAGCAGAUGCGGGCCCGGGACCCCCUGCUGUAUGAGCAGUACAUUGGACAGUACCUGAGCGAAGAGGAGCUGGCCGCCCGCUCCCCAAAGCCCCUGGCCCCGGAUGGCUGCCCUCUGGCAGACCUGCUCCUCCAGUCCUACCAGGAGGGGGUGCUCCAGCGAAGGCUGCUGCAGCAACAGGAGGAGGAGGAUGCCUGCCUGGAGGAGGACGAAGAUGAAGAGGAGGAGGAUGAAGAAGAGGAAGAAAAUUGCGGGCCUGGGCAGGAGGAAGAAGCCUGGGUCCCCGAUUCAGAGGAGAAGGUCAUCCUCAGGGAGGAAUUCACCAGCAGGAUGCACCAGCGCUUCCUGGACGGCAAAGACGGAGACUUUGAUUACAGUAAGGUGGACGACAACCCGGAGUUUGACAACUUGGACAUUGUGACUCGGGACGAGGAGGAGCGCUACUUCGAUGAAGAGGAGCCGGGGGAGGCGGAGCCAGAUGAGGAGGACUAGCUAGAACCCGGACCCAAACUGGUCCCCCGGGCGGUGGCCGCCGGACCCCAGCAGGGGGCGCCCCCUGCCAGGCGCAGACAUCCCCCACCCGGAACAUGACUGAUGAGGAAGCGCAGCCUCCGGUGCUUUGUGGGGGGGGCCCAGGGCAGCGCCCCCUCCCCGGGAUCCCUCCGCCUCUCGGUGCGCGACCUCCGACCUCUGCUAACGCCCCGUCCCCAUCCUGCCUCUCCCCGAGGCUCCUCCCCCUUCCGGGCCCCGAGCGGCUCGGGAUUCGGCCGCCCCCGGGCCCCGUCUUGGUCAAGGUCGCUCAGAACAGGACUGGCCUGAGGACCGGCGCUUGCUCGGAGAGGCCGCCCCGGCUCCCCUCGCGUCCCCAACCACAGCCGCAACUUUCCCUUCCUUCACUUCCUCCUGCCCUGUUUACACUCUCCAAAUACUUGCAGCCUGUUAUCAUGGGCCCUGAGUCAUCCUUUGCCUUUCCCCUCCCCUCCCCCGGAGGGCCUUCCCACCCCUUCAGCCCAGCCCCGGGGCCCGUCUGGGUGGGGGGCGCAGA